AUGGAGAGACUGGCUGAGACGCCGCUGGUCCCGGUCACCGGCGUCGUCAAUCUGGGAGGAUGGUCCAACAUCUCGGCCUGGGCUACCAAUAUGACUCGCUUUGCACCGUCGUUUGACGAUCUGGUCUGGGCAGGGCCUAGGAUUCUCGAGAAGCUUGGCUAUUACCUCGCUUUGGCUGACCAGCCUGAUCUUGCGCCUAAUAACGCCGCCGGCGUCCCCGGGACAAACGCCGCGGCCGCAUACAACAUCAUGGAGAGCAACACGUCACCUGCAGCGGCGUCCGCUGCACGGGAAUCAGCAUCGUUCGUAUCCCUGGAGAGCGUGCGCAACUGGGGAAGCGUCUUCUCCUACGCCACCAGUCGAUGGGCAAUGUCCUGCAUAGCCAUGGCCCUAAUAUUGAACCGAACACACAUUUUCGCCGCCACGCGUCGCAGGCUACGUCUUCAGUGGAAGCUAAGACUGCUGCUUCGCUUUCUUCCCAUCGUCUUCCUCGUCAUUCAGUGUCAGACCUCGGCCAACUUUGCUGAGCUUCGGUGGGGGGAUCCGACCAAAUACUCACGCUUCUUGCAUGCGCAUACGAACCAUUUCUUGAAUACAUUAAGCUCCAUUCUGCUUCUUGGAGCAACAGACAAACAAUCCUGUGGAGCCGUUCACAUGAUUCCGCUACCAGACGAAACCAAGAACUCCGUCUUGGUCGGUUCGCUCUCGGCAAUGUGGCCACUGUUUGGUACAUUUUGCUUGAGCCACUUUAUCGAGACCGUGUCUUGUGCGGUUCAAGGCAGGAGUCUCUCAGCAGAGACAGGCAUGACGUUGUUUGAGCAAUCGCUAGCAUUUGCUGAGGCCGAUGCCACUAUAAGCAACCAGCUUGCCCAGUUGAACUGGGACUCGAAGUCACAGAGUGAAUCGACGGAUUCUUUGCCGGGCACUGGUGCAGCGGUCAAGUUGCUAACAAAGUCAAUGUUGAUUAAGAGAGUCAACACGCCGCCUGAGGUACUUCUCGUUGCCUUUCUAUCUGCCAUGACACACCUCACAAGCCAUAUUCUCGGGCUUUUUGAUCUACAAGCCAAGUAUCGGCUCGCCAACACCGGCUUCUGGGGUAUUUGCUUCAUGGGAAGCAUUGUUUGGAGUGCCUUUUCUUUUGAUUUUGACGACCCCGCCUCUCAUGGUCUCUUACGAUUCCCUACCGUUUGCAUCAUCGGUUUCGUACCCCACGUUGUGGUGUUUGGUGGCAUACUGCUUUGCUUCAUCAUAUACGGUCUCGCUCUGCUGCUAUCUGCACUCUCUCCACCAUCAAAUCAGGAGCGCUCUUCCAUGUCGUACAGACAGCGGCUGCUUUAUGCCCACGAAAAUAUGCAAGCAAAUGUUUCCUUUGCAGACGUCAGGAUUACGAGGGAUAUGGACUUCUACACAGCCCUUCUGCGUACUGGGUUUGCCGUCAUUACAAUGGCUAGUGAAGCUGUGUACUUGAAUGAGGACAAUGGUGUGAACUUGAAGCGCCAUACCUGGCUCGAGGAGGCUCGGUACAGAGAAGCCGAAGAAAUGCAAAGGCAGUGGGUUGGGCUUGGCCAUACCAGCUCACAAUACGACCGUAUCGGUGCCAUUGGCCUAAUCCCUGUCAAGGAUGGCCCAGUCAUGGCCCCCAAUGGUUAUGCUCGGGAAAGAGCAGCACAAAAAGUCCCCAAGGGCCGCGCAGAGCGCAGCUUUCGAGCUGGUGUUGGUGAUAGAAGCUCGAGAUGGGUGAUGGCGAUUGAAUUUUUGGCGAACGUUGUCAGACUCAUCGGUCGCGUCUCUGCCCUCUUGAUGCUGUGGCUCCUCAAGCUUAUCCGUAUCAGAUACCAACCUGGCUGGCUGCUAUGGCUGGCAGCAAGACCCAAGCCUGCCAACGAAGAGCCAAAGUCGACCUUGACAAACCAACGUGCAAGCCACACCGUUUUAAUCAGUCGAGAUGGUCGCGUUUCUAGGAGCGAGGGGAUCGACGUUGAAGCUGAGUUCAGACGCAUCGGGCACAAUGGCAGUGAAGAGAACCUUGACAAGGACUUAUACAACUACUUUGUGGAAGGAGGGUGGUGGGGUUCCGGCGACUCCAGUGGCGAUUACGCCCCCAGCCAUGCCGGUGAUGAGGAUUGGGAUGCGACAAGCGUGAUUUCCCAGUCGACGUCGGCGAACGAGAGCGAUGGUGAAAACGAGAGAAACCCGUGGGAGCCUAUUGACGACGAAGAAAAAGAAGGCGAUGGGGGCCAAAGGACACCAACGCAGCGGUCACCGAGAAUGGCGCGAGAGAAUACACCGAUGGCUGACAGUCCCAUGGGCAUGUCGGAUCUUGCUCGCCUCUUACGCCCCGCCAACAGGGAGGAGCGUGAGGAGGCCACCGCGCUCGCGGCACACCUCGUCAGUGACGGGGUCAUGACACGCGGCCGCUUCCGACGCCUGGAGCAGCUCCGCAGAACUAGCAUCCUGACCAGCCCGCGCCGACCUGGCGGUACACCCACCGCCUCGGACAUUGCAACGCCCGCAGUGGUCCCCGCGGCGUCUGCGUCAAACGCGCUUAGCCGCGACAUCCGGACCAAGCUAGACCCCGACGAGGAGGAGACGUUGCUUGAACAGCUUCUGCUGUCGCGUCGCGAGGAGGCAGCCCGGCCACUGCCGCAGACGCCGACCAAGAGCACCGGCGCUGCUGCCUCGGCGGUCGUGGCUGCUAGCAGCGACAACACCGACGAGCAAGGCCCCCUGUGUGUCGUCUGCCAAAGCGCCGCACGCACCAUCAUCGUGUGGCCCUGCCGCUGCCUGAGUCUCUGCGACGACUGCCGCGUGUCUCUGGCUAUGAAUAACUUUGACAAGUGCGUCUGCUGUCGUCGUGAUGUCCUGAGCUUCAGCAGGAUCUACGUCCCGUAG